AUGCAUCGAAGGAAUAACACUAACGUGGCCGACUUCAUUCUUUUGGGAUUUACAGAUGCUGAAGACAUCCAGCUGGUGCUCUUUGUGCUCUUUCUCCUGAUAUACCUGGUCACUGUUCUGGGGAAUGCAGGGAUGACACUGCUCAUCAGCCUUGAUGCCCAGCUUCAUACCCCCAUGUAUUUCUUCCUCAGUCACCUGUCUUUCAUUGACCUCAAUUACUCAUCUGUCAUCUCACCGAAAACCUUACAUAACUUGCUGACCUCCAACAAGAAAAUUUCAUAUGCAAGUUGCUUCACUCAACUGUCCUUUUUCGUAUUCUUUAUUGCUUCUGAAUGUGUUCUUCUCUCAUCCAUGGCCUACGAUCGCUAUGUAGCCAUCUGCAAUCCUCUCCACUACCCUGUUGUCAUGUCCCCAAGACGCUGCUGGUCUCUUGUCCUCGGGUCCUAUUUUAUAGGUUUUAUAGACUCUUUUGUCACUCUGCUUGGCAUGAGAAAAUUGACCUUCUGUGACUCCCAUGAAAUCCAUCAUUUUUUCUGUGACACAUCCCCUCUUAUAGCACUGUCUUGCACUGAAACCCAGGACACUGAACUCAUUAUACUCAUUGAUGCAGGCUGUACCAUUCUGGGAUCUCUAAUCACAAUAUCAUUUUCCUAUGUGUCCAUUCUCUCUGCUAUUCUGAAAAUUAAAUCCACUUCAGGAAAGAGAAAAGCCUUCUCCACCUGUGGCUCGCAUGUGGUGGCAGUCACCAUCUUUUAUAGCACUAUGAUCUUCAGUUACUUAAAACCAAAUACAUCCUACUCCUUGGGAAAGGAUCAGGUGGCUUCUGUGUUUUACACUAUGGUGACCCCCAUGCUGAAUCCCCUUAUUUAUAGUCUUCGCAACAAAGAAGUGAAAAAUGCUGUCCUUAGACUCCUUCAGAAGAGAGAGGGCUCCAGACACUUGAAACAGUGA